GCCAUAAAAAACAAGCCAUACUUACCUGUUCUUACCUCAAUAACUCAGCGCACAGCUCAACCGCAGCAAUCUCUCUCUGUUUCUCUAACUCUCAGCCAUGCAUAGACAGUCUCUAGGGUCGCCGGUCUCCAAGCCUCACAUCCAUGACGGAGUAGUUCCUAAAGAAGAUUCUCGAGUAAGUGAACUCGUUUCCGCCUCUUCUUCACUCACCGACGACGAUCAAAGCAAGUCGGCGAAGCCUCGCCGCUUCUCGCUCUCACCGCCGCCUUCCUCAUUGUCAUCUCACUCCAAAUCUGAGAAUCUUGUUCACCUCAUUCCUCUUAUCACACUCGUCUGCUUUCUUGUCCUCUAUCUCUCCUCUCACUCUCCCUCUCAAUCAGAUUUGGCUCAGUUCAAUGGAUUCAAGCGGCUUUCAACGCAUAUAGAAUCCAGUGAAAUGGAAGAUGUCAGCCGAUUUGUUGAGCUGCGGAGAGGCGAUUUUUUGGCGAUUCGAAAUCUCAGAAACUUACAAGAAAUCGAAAAGCACCCUCCCAAAAAUCGCCCCCACCGGAAAAUCGCCUAUUUUUAAUGCACAUUUCCUGGUUCAUAGUCUAUCUCUUUGCUCUAAUUCAUCUCCUUCUUAGCACUCCGCACGUGCGCUUAUCUUAUGACAAUUUUGCACGUGCGAAAUAAAAUGAAUUCAUUUUUUUGUGAAACAAUUUCGCUCGAUGUAUGGCUCCUGUUGAACUGUUUUUUUUGUGUGGAUUUUACUA